UAGCAUCAAAAAGUUAGUCCAUUAUAGAUGGUUCAAUCUCUUCCUAUAAAUUUCUUAAGAUUUUGAUCAGUGUUUUUGCAGAGAUCAUAGAACUGCACCAAUAAAGCUUGACGGGCAUAAUGUCUGCUGAGGAGCUCAAGAUUCGCGGCGAGCUGGAGAUGGAUGUCGAAAGAGAGCUAGAGGAAGAAAUCAAAGAAGGAAUAUGCCAUCUUGCUUUUAGGCUGCAGAGGCUAUAUCAGCAGCAAAAAGAAAGGCAUGCCAAAGAAUUAUCUAAGCUUGGCAUUAAAGGUCAUCAACAAGGUAACGUGAGUAGCAGAAUUCUGUCUGAGGUUAACAUCAAUAUCAGAAUGGAAGGUGGAACAAAGAUUGAGAUAAAAGAAAUCAAGAAACAACCUGGCGAAAAUCGCAUGAGCACUCUGAAAACUGAGAGUACUGCCCGAGGAGGAUUCAUGCCUGCUACUAAUUCUGCCAAGAAAUUUGACUGGGCCAAGAGUCUUCGAUCAGCUGGUCCGGGUUCUAGAGUUGAUUGUUCUAAUCAAUCUAGAGUACUUGGUAAUAAAGCUAAAAUAAGUGCUUCUCAGCAGCAGCAUAAGCUGAAUAUGGGUGUCAGGACAAAAAUGCUGGAGCAAAAUUUGAAAAAAUGAGAUGUCUUUUGAGCUGAUUUUGGUUUUUCUGAGAGUUUCUUGACUUGAAAAUAACGUAAUUGUUUGGAGGAACUUUGUGUGUGCGUGCGUGAUAUAGUAUUAAGAAAAUCAUUUCACUAUCCAAACAGCUAGGAGAAUGGAGUGCUACAUUUUCAGGAAGGAAUGAGAGUCGAAACUUGGCAUAUUUUGCUUAAGAGUGUGAUUUUGUCGUUGCCCUUU